AUGGGAAAUCUGAGCCAUCCAUCUGAGUUCAUCCUCUUGGGCUUCUCAACAUUUGGCAAGCUGCAGGUUGUGCUCUAUGGGCCCUUCCUGAUGCUUUAUCUCCUGGCUCUUUUAGGGAACAUAAUCAUCAUUGUCAUGGUUCUUGCUAAUGCCCACUUACAUACCCCCAUGUACUUCUUCCUGGGAAAUUUUGCUUUAGUUGACAUCUUGGUCACCAUGACUGUAGUACCCAAGAUGCUGUCAGACCUCCUUGUCUCCACCAAGACGAUUUCCUUUACCACCUGCAUGGUCCAAUUCUACUUCUACUUUUCCUUUGGCUCUACCACUUCCCUCAUACUGGCAGACAUGGCUCUGGACCGCUUUGUGGCCAUUUGUCACCCACUACGUUAUGGCACCCUUAUGAGCUGGGCAGUAUGCACCCAUCUGGCAGGGGCAGCCUGGGCAGCACCCUUCCUCGCUAUGGUUCCCACUGUUCUCUCUCGGGUACAGCUCUCCUAUUGCCAUGGCAACAUCAUUAACCACUUCUUCUGUGACAAUGCCCCACUGCUACAGCUAGCCUGCUCAGAUACAUCCCUCCUAGAGUUCUGGGACUUCGUAUUAUCUUUGGCCUUUGUCCUCAGCUCCUUCCUGGUGACGCUUAUGUCCUAUGGCUACAUCGUGCCCACCGUGUUGCAUAUUCCUUCUGCCAGUGGCCGCCAAAAGGCCUUCUCCACCUGUAGUUCCCACCUCAUCCUGGUCUUCAUUGGCUUUGGCAGCACAAUCUUUAUCUAUGUUCAACCUGGCAAGGCUCACUCUGUGGAACUCAACAAGUUUGUUGUUUUAGUCACUAAUAUUCUGACUCCUGUCCUCAAUCCCUUCAUCCUCACUUUUCGCAAUGAGGCAGUCAAGGCUGUUAUCCAUGGACAGAUGCAGAAGCUUAAGAGCCUGAACAAUUUAGCAUGA